AUGGGCGCCAUUGUCACGGCAACAGGCCCUGGAGACCAACUAGUGGACCGCCUAGCAGCCCCGCGUAGCCCUGGGCAGCCCGCGGGCCAGCCCCAAAAACCACCUAGCCGAUCCCCCCCGACCCCCUGCCGGCCGGGCGCUCGGGCCAUCCCCGGCUCCCACCACCGCCAUUAUGGAAGCUGUGGACUUGCUGUGGACGUGCUGUGGACGCUGGUGCACGCCAGCGACGGUGCGGACUGCUGGUCGACCGGGGCCCUCGGAACACUGGCGCAACGACCCAAGCCCAAGUCCCUUCAGGGUCUGACGGAUGACAACAUCACUUCCGUCACCUGGACCACCCCCUUAGUGUGA